AGUGCUUCUAGUUUAGGAGGCAGCCUAGACAGAGCUGAGGACAUUGCUGCAGAGCAUGAGUCUGGCCUAUGGAGAAGCCCACAAGCAGACUGAGAUAAAUAUGGCUUUUCAAAUUGAUAACCGCCUUGAGUCCUUUUCAUUGCCAAUUCAGCGAAUGCACUAUAUUCAAGUGGAUUCUGUCCAGCGCUGGAUGGAGGACUUGAAGUUGAUGACGGAUUGUGAAUGUAUGUGUAUUCUUCAGUCGAAGCCAAUCAGCAUAGAGGAUGAUGCACAGAAUGAACUUAUUCUUUCAUCGCAAUAUAGUGUGUGGGAUAACUUGCAGUUAUUAUUAAAAAGAGCUUGGAUCAUAAGCACAGAGUUGACCAGGAUUGCUCAAAAACUAGAGAAGAGCAGAUGGCAGAGAGUCCACAGCAUGACAGUAAGAGUCAAUUGUCAUGUACGGUCAAUGAUAAAUGAAUACAACACAUUUACCAGACAUUCUUCAGAAGAAAUGCACAAGUUUGAAAAACUUUUAAUAGAAAAAUGUUCAGAAUUUACAGCACUCACAGAAAGGUGCAUACAAACUGAGGACGAACAGAUAUUAAAGUCCAUGAAACCUUGUAUUAAUGAAACACUAAGUACAGUUGCUCAUUAUUUUGGCCAGUUGAUAGAACUGAUCUUAGCACAUGAAACACGGAACCUGGUGAGACAAAUAGAUUCAUCAGAAAAUAUAUACAUCACAGAAUCGGCUACACGCAGCUUAUUCAGCCUUACCCAGGAGGGUGCUCAUUUGUGCCGCAUCAUAGCUAAGGAAGGAGGUGUUGUUGCUCUGUUUAAGACGUGUCGCCAGGAUUGUUUCAGGAGCAUUUAUCCCCAGACGCUCAGAACCUUGGCAUCUAUAUGCUGUGUAGAAGAAGGGAUUCACCAGCUAGAAAAGGUUGAUGGGAUACUGUGUUUGGCUGACAUUCUCACUGAUAGUACCCAUUCAGAAGCCACUCAUGCAGAAGCAGCAGCAGUAAUAGCACAGAUCACAUCUCCACAUCUCACUUGCACUCAGCAUCUUGGUAGCUUUCUAGAAAACAUGGAGGAAAUUGUAACAGCACUUGUCAAAUUGUGCCAAGAGGCCUCAUCUGGUGAAGUUUUCCUCUUAGCUUCGGCGGCACUUGCCAAUAUCACAUUUUUUGACACAAUGGCUUGUGAGAUGCUGCUUCAGUUGAAUGCUAUGAAGAUUCUUCUUGCAGCUUGUUCAGACAGGCAAAUAGUGGAUACCCCAUAUUCUCGAGAUCAGGUUGUAACAAUAUUAGCAAACAUGUCUGUCCUGGACCAAUGUGCUUCAGAAAUAAUUCAAGGAAAUGGUAUUCAGCUUUUAAUGGAAAUGCUCUUUGAGAGAUCCUCUUCUGGGAAUUCAGCAGAAGUUGCCGCUUGUGAGAGAGUUCAACAGAAAUCUGCAGUUACGCUGGCACGGCUGAGCCGAGAUCCUGAAGUGGCACAUGCAGCCAUAAAACUCAGCUGUAUUCCUCGCCUCAUACAACUCUGCAGGUCACCAACUGAAAGGAACAACAGUGAUUCCGUUCUCGUGGCAUGUCUGGCAGCCUUACGAAGACUAGCAGUUAUGAGCCCUGAUCGCCUUAAAGAUUCAGAUUUCCAGCAGCUGGUAAAGCCUAGACUUGUGGAUUCCUUUCUGCUGUGCACAAAUAUGGAAGAAAGCUUUGUAUAAAUGAGUAAAUAUGAGCCAAAAAAGCAAUCCAUUUUUUGAACAAGAACCAAUAUAGUGUAUACGGUAUUAUGUAGCCCUAGCACUAUUAUUUAUGAUUAAUUUAUUUCAAAACCACAAAGGUCUGGUCUGCAAAGGAAAAGAAACAUGGUUUAUCAGUUAAUCUCAAAUCAGUGGUUUGCAUACAUUUUUUUAAAAUUCUGUUUUUCAGCAAAAGACUCGGACAUGUUAACACACCUGAUAAUUAUGAUUUAAUUAAAAGUGAAUACAUUUCAAUGUAUGGUUUAGGGGCCAUGUUUUCUUCAUGGUUACAUGGCUACAAGGUAUCCAGGUAACUAAUGGAGGAAUUUGGUAUUUGAUGAUAAAUGCUUAUGAUGGUAUUUUAUCAUUGCUAUUUCUUUAUAAUUAGAUUAUUAAGUUGUCCAAAAGAUAUAUUAAUUUGAUGCACUCAUUUCUUAAUAAUUGAUUUUUCAGGAAAAUCCUGAAUAAUUUACAAUAGGUGGUAGAAAACUAUAUGCAUAUCCAAAAAUGGUACCUAAAUUAAUCAAAUGUUUAGCUACCCCCACACACAAAAAAAAUGUUGCUUUCAAAACCUUACUAAUUCAUGAAGUACAUCCGGUCAGAUAUUAUUUUUAAGCCAAUAUUUUUUGAGAGGAUGUACAUGCAUUUAUUAAAAAAACAGAUGCAUGGAUAAUUUUGACUGAAUCUCUAGUUUUUCUGGUUGAUUUCUUUUUUAGCUUCAGCCUUCUUUUUUUAAAUUUAGGGUCAAAUUUUCAAAAGCUCUAAAAAAUCCCACUUGUAGAUUAUAUGUGGAUAAAGACUCACAAAUGGAAAUGUUUGUUUGAACAUUUCUAUGAAAAAAAUAACUAUUUUAUUUUAGCUUAAAAAUAUAACAUUUUCCUGGAAGUUUUAGUUUAGUUUUAAUUCUACUUCCCCUUGGUAGAAGACAUUUUUCCCUUCCAUCUUCUGCUUCAAAUCACUUAUGAUCUAGGAUUUCUGAGGUGCUACAACCUCUACUAAAAUAUUAAAAUGAAGCCCGUAUUCCUGUAUUUACCUCAUAGAAAUGUUGUGCGGCUUAGUCCAUUAACGUUUGUUUACUACUUCGGGAUUUUUGGAUGAAAGGUACAAUCCAAGU